AUGUGGAGCGGCGGUAGAUUUUUUCGAGCGCCGUCAGUUAGUUUCCUCCUACACGCGACGGUAGCCGCCGGAUCGCGAUCCCUGGCGAAAGCGGCGGAACAGGGAUGGUGCGCACCAAUUAGAGGUGUUCCACAUCUGAUGUCAGUUGGUGGAUGUCGACAUUAUGCCAGAAAUCCAAUGGAAAGACUCACGAUGGAUCAGCUGAAGGGCUCGGUGGGAGGUGGGAGAGGAGGAAGAGGGGGGAGAGGGAGGAAGAGGGGCGGGAAGAAAGGGAUGAGGGACACCCAAGCCAUCUGGAUCGGACAAGGUAAGGGAGGAGAGAGAUGGCCAGGGCUAAGCUACCCUCUCGAAGAGACAAAGUAUUCUCUGGACUGGCUGCAGAGACGAGGGCUGGGCAUGAAAAAGGUACAGGAGGAAGGGGAGGAGAGGGGAGGGGAGGAGAGGAGAGGGGAGGAUGGGGAGGAGAAACAGCAGUUCAUGCUGCGACUGAGAGUGAUCGAGGGGAAGAGGAGGGAGGUGAGGAAAAUGUCCGAGAUGGGAUGGGACAGGAAGGGCUGGUCCGGACGACUAUGGGGCGGGAGGCACAUCGGUUGCCCUGAGUUACCUGACAGCACUCCUCUUGAAGAUUUCAGAUCAGUUGUGAUUGAGGUAAAGAGGGUGGCCAAUCAGACGAAGGGAGGGAAGAAGAGGACAGUGAGUGCACUGGUGGUGGUUGGCAACGGCAAUGGGAUGGCAGGUUUUGCAGUUGGACGAGGAGACGAGAUAAAGGCAGCCAUUAGAAAGGCCAAGAACAGGGCAGUGAACUAUCUCCAGUUUAUUCCUCGUUGUGAGGGUCAUACCAUCUACCACAAUGCCAAAGUCAAGUACUGCAAGACAAACAUUGAGCUAGAGAGGAGGGUUAAAGGUCACGGGCUGAGGUGUCAUCGCUCAGUCUCUGCCGUUUGUCAGCUGGCUGGCAUCAAGGACAUGAGGGCAAAGGUCACGGGAUCCAAUAACCCUCUCAACACAGUGCGGGCCACUUUCAAAGGCCUUACGUCACAAGAGUCAUUCCUAGACCUGGCAAACAGGACUGGCAAGUUUGUUGUCGAGUACCGACGAGAGUGUUUGGAUCGCCCCGUAGUGGUUGCCGUGCCAAUGACCCCGGGGAGUGGUGGGCGGGGCAGUGAUGAGGAGGGGGUGUGGCAGGAGCUGAGGGACUUGCAGCUUGUGCCAAAGACUGCUCUCACAGCAGCUGACUCUCUAGCAUAGCAACAUGCUUCACUCUCUCAUUAUUAGUGAUCAAAGUUUAAAAUUCCGUCAUGUUUUCAGUGAUCAAUGCUGAUUAAAGUUUAAUACCAGUGUCAAUAUUAAUGCGAGUGAUCAAUGUUGAUCAAUGUUUAAUUCAAUAAUUUGGAUGGCAGCAAUCAAACAGAUGCUCAAUUUCAAUGCAAGAUGAGUCAAAUUCAGUUCUGAUUGAAGCAAACCACACCCACUGAAGGUCUCCACAAGCUACUGGACAAUCCAGGACAGUUGUAGAGACGUCAUCAGGAGGGGGUCUGUAGACCCGAGUUGCUGCUGAGACGAGGAGUCAUUCCCGGUCUUCAGGAGAUGAAGCAGUGCCACAAUGGCUUGGAACAGAUUGUUUCUUCCCUUUGGUAUGUCCACCAACUUGUCUCCUACCACAAUCUAUAUAUGGAAGACAAAGAGAGAAGGUUGGUGCACUAAUAUACUAGAAGAAUGUUGAAUAUUGUUGGUAGGAGUGACUGACGUUGUAGUGAGGAGGGAGUAGGG